GGCUGCGCACGUCUCUGUCUGUCCUCGCGCAGCCUCCGCCUCGCUGCUGCUAGUUGCUGCUGCUGUUGCCACUAGCCGUCGCUACCGACGAAGCGUCGACGGCGACCCGGCCCCCCGUCAAUUCCCACCGAAACUACCCGCCCGCUGCCCUGCCUUUCCGGGGGAGCGGAAGCGGAACCACCACUGCCGCCCCACCCGCCGACGAGCCUCGCCGACGCUAGGGUUUGGGCCAUGGAGCUGCCCCCCGGCGCCGCCCGCCGCACCAACUACUCCCUCCUCUCCCAGUUCCCCGACGACGCCGCGGCCGCGGGGCCGGGGCCCGCCAACGCCCUGCAGCGCCAGUCCAGCGGCAGCAGCUACGGCGGCGGGAGCUCCGUCUCCGCCUCCAGCGACUACCCCUUCCACCUCCCGCCGCCCGCCUCGGCCGCCGCGGGGCCCGGAUCGGCCGCGGCCGCGCCCGGGGGGUCGUCGCCCUGCAAGAGCUGGGCGCAGCAGGCCGAGGAGACCUACCAGCUGCAGCUCGCGCUCGCGCUCCGCCUCUGCGCCGACGCCGCCUGCGCCGCGGACCCGGGCUUCCUCGACCCCGGCGACCCCGGGAGCGGCGGGAGGGGCAGCGGGAACGGGAGGGCCUUCCCGCUCGCGCAGCCCGCGCCGUCCGCCGAGUCCCUCUCCCAUCGCUUCUGGGUGAAUGGCUCGCUAUCAUACAACAGCACGAUACCAGAUGGAUUUUACGUGAUUCAUGGGUUGGACCCCUUCGUGUGGUCACUAUGCACGGAUGUACAUGAAGAGAACCGCAUACCCUCCAUGGAAUCACUCAAAUCUGUCCGUCCUGACGAUUCUUCAAUUCAAGCCAUUCUCAUCGAUCGGAGAACUGAUUUUGAUUUGGGUAUGCUGGAGAGUUAUGCUUCCAGCCUUUUGUCCAGCUGUACUGAUGCCAAGGAUGUGGUAAUCCAACUAGCCAAAGUCGUAUCUUCAAGGAUGGGGGGUACAGCAUCCAAUGAAGAUAACUUGUUUCCACGAUGGAAAGAGUGCAAUGAGGCCAUCAAGUCAAGCACAGGAUCUGUUGUGCUUCAUCUGGGAAAGCUCCCUGUCGGUCUUUGCAAGCACCGCUCGUUGUUAUUCAAAAUAUUAGCAGAUAAAGUCAGUAUUCCAUGUAGAGUUGUCAAGGGUUGUAAAUAUUGUAAAUCUGAUGAUGCCUCCUCCUGUCUUGUACGCUUUGGGCUUGAAAAAGAAUACUUGGUUGAUUUAAUUGGGGAUCCCGGCCAACUUAGUGAUCCUGAUUCCUUUGUCAAUGGUCCCUACUCACUAUCGGUGUCCUCACCUCUUCAUCCUCCCAAAUUUAGGUCAUUGGAGAUCACUUCAAAUUUCAGCUCGGUAGCCAAGCAGUACUUCUCAGAUUGCCAUUCACUGAAUCUCUUGUUCAGUGAUUCUUCCACAGGUGCUACUAGUGUAAUAACUACUCUGGACCAACCUUAUUCUAAGAAACAUGUUGCUGGGGAUGAGACCAUGAACAACUGGAUGCCAGGAAAAGGGCAAGCAGCAAUGAAGCCGGACAUCGUUGUGCCUGAAGCUCCUCGUGAGGUUUUGCCACUAAUUUCCUCCAAUAUGAAACUUGAUAGGAAGAAAGAAUUGAAGUUAAUUGAGGAGACUCAGCAGUUAAGACAUACAGUCAGUGAUUUGUCACUUGCUGCGAAUGAUCUGAUCAUUCCAUGGAACGAGCUGGUGUUAAAAGAGAAGAUUGGAGCAGGGUCUUUUGGAACAGUCCAUCGUGCUGAUUGGCAUGGAUCGGAUGUUGCAGUCAAAAUACUUAUGGAGCAGGAUUUUCAUCCAGAGCGCUUCAGGGAAUUUAUGAGGGAGGUUGCAAUUAUGAAAAGUCUGAGGCAUCCAAAUAUUGUUCUAUUCAUGGGUGCUGUCACUGAACCACCGAACCUGUCGAUAGUUACAGAAUACUUGUCUAGGGGCAGUUUGUAUAAACUUUUGCAUAGGAGUGGUGCAAAGGAAGUUCUGGAUGAGAGACGCCGAUUAAACAUGGCAUUUGACGUGGCCAAAGGAAUGAACUACCUGCAUAGACGCAGUCCUCCUGUUGUUCAUCGUGACCUGAAGUCUCCAAAUCUUCUAGUUGACAAGAAGUAUACUGUCAAAGUAUGCGACUUUGGCCUUUCAAGAUUAAAAGCUAACACCUUCCUGUCUUCCAAGUCUUUGGCUGGAACUCCUGAAUGGAUGGCACCUGAAGUGCUUCGAGAUGAACCAUCCAAUGAAAAAUCUGAUGUCUACAGUUUCGGUGUCAUCCUAUGGGAACUAAUGACAUUGCAACAACCAUGGUGUAACCUGAAUCCUGCCCAGGUGGUUGCUGCUGUAGGUUUUAAAGGUAGAAGGCUUGAAAUCCCUAAAGAUCUGAAUCCUCUAGUAGCCGCGUUAAUUGAAUCUUGCUGGGCAAACGAGCCAUGGCGAAGACCCUCAUUUACAAAUAUUAUGGAAACUUUGAGACCAUUAAUUAAGGUUCCAGUGCCGCAGUUGAGCCGUUCAGAUUCGUAUCCAUCGACAGUAUCACUUCACUCUGAGAAUAUGGUUUCCUUCAUUUACAUUUCCAAACCAAGUGUACCUAGCAACUUCUUUCCAUGUCAUAAGCCAAACCCCAGCGGCGGCGCGGCCACCGAACCCUGUUCCGCGGGUCCGGCUUCGAUUGCCUCAGCCGCCUCGCAAACCCUAGCUCCCUCCCCCACAUGCGCCCCAAACCCUAGCUCCCCCGCCAUGCGCGCCUCCGCCUCCGCGGCCCCCAUGGAGGCCUCCGCCUCCGCCUCCGCCCGCAGAUCCGCGCCGGGCCCCGACCCCGGCGCCAAGAAGCCGCGCCUCGCGCAGCCGCCGCCGCGGGACCCCAGAUCUUCGUCCUACGCCGCCGCCUCCAAUGGCGCCGCCGCCAGCGCCGCCGAGCAGACGCUGGUCGACGAGCUGCUCGGCCAGUACCGGACCGCGCUCGGGGAGCUAACCUUCAACUCCAAGCCCAUCAUCACCAACCUCACCAUCAUCGCCGGCGAGAACCUCCAGGCCGCCAAGCCCAUCGCCGCCCUCAUCUGCGCCAACAUCCUCGAGGUUCCAAGUGAACAGAAGCUACCAUCUCUAUAUCUACUUGACAGUAUUGUCAAGAAUAUUGGAAAAGAUUACGUUAAACAUUUCUCAGCAAGACUACCAGAGGUUUUCUGCAAGGCGUAUAGACAAGUUGAUCCUUCUAUACAUCAUAGCAUGAGGCACCUUUUUGGAACAUGGAAAGGAGUGUUUCCUCCACUUCCACUCCAAACCAUUGAGAAGGAACUUGGUUUUCAGUCAUCUGCCAAUGGAUCAUCAAGUGCCGCACCAUUGAGGCCUGAUUCGCAGUCCCCGCGACCAUCUAAUAGCAUACAUGUUAAUCCAAAAUAUUUGGAGAGACAGCAGCUCAACCAAUCAACUAAGGGUAUACUGGGAAGUGGUGCUAAGGCAGCUGUAAUUGCUGAUGCAGGAGAUGAUGUUGAGAGGCCUAACAGGCUAGGUACUGAUAGAAGUGCAGGGCGACGAUUAGAUGCUCCUAUCACUAGGCCUAACAUUCAGCGCACUCAGAGGGACCCUUUUAGCAAUCCUGUAAAUGAAAAGCAGGCAGGUAGAGAUGUCAGGGGCCUUGGAUUCUCCAGCAAUUCGCAGCAAGCUGUUGUUGGACCUGGUCAAGUUCGCUCAAAACCCAAAGGUCAAGAUGGAAUUGGAGGGCCGUAUUAUGCCACUGGUGUUGGUUCUUCUGAAGAACAAUUUGACCGGCGCAGCAACUUUUAUUCAAGCAAGGAUGUUCAGCCAUCAGGAUCUGUACGUUUGGAUAGCGCACUUCUUCCAACCCCUUCCAUUAAUUCUGAUAGAGUUGGUAGGCCUUCAUCAAACAAAAGUUGGAAGCACUUCGAGGAAGAAGAAUAUGUCUGGGAUGACGUACAUUCUCAAGCAGCAGAUUAUGGUGGUAACAAUACAAUAAGAAAAGGAGAAUGGAUGGCCGAUGAUGGCAAUGCUAAGUUUGCAAGCCUCCAAAGGGCUAAAUGGCCCGAGGUGGGAGCUGUUGAACAUUUAGACCCAAACAUACAUAAACUAGAUAGCUUACCAAGAUUUGGACUUUCCACAGGUCAAGAUAGAAGACUUGCAGCAUACUUGGAUCAUGAAGAGUACAUUCAUGGUAAGCAUGAGGUGGAACCAAGAAUUGAUAGGGAAAUUAGGACUGAUGGACAACCGUUCCCACCACCUCGAAGUUCCUCUCUCUGGGUGUCGCAGGAAAAAGAACACCCAGACAUUGGGCUGGAUCCUAGGAUAUCAAGGUUUUCCAAUCAGCCAGGAGAGAGGUCCAUGUCAGUAAGUAUCACUUCAUCUGUACCUGUUGGGUUAUCAGGACCCUAUGCUGGAAGAUCAAGCCUAGAUAUUGCAAACAGUGUGCCAACAAGAUCAACUGAGACCUUUGGGCAGCAGAAGCACAGAUAUUGGUCAUCUUCCCCUCCACCAGCUCACUCACCUUCAUCUAUUGCACCCUUUGCACGUCAGAGUUCUCCAAAUGCUGCUGAGCCUGAUUUUUAUCCAUCCAGAUCAUUUUCUCAAUUGGGCCAGAAUCCUCAAGAGGAAUAUAGCCAAAGAGCGGCAGCAUUUGCUAAAGAUUCUCAUUUUAUUGCUCAAAAUGCUAGACUUACUCAGGGACAACCUAGUCUACAGGCAAUCCAGCAGGCACAAAAAUAUCCUACCUUACAGUCGAAGCCACAUAUCAAGCCAACUGAUCAAGUGCAGGCAAGCUUUUCACGUGAAAAUUCUCCAUCGCUGUUGAGACCUUCCAUCCAGCUUGGAGAAGUCUCUUUGCCCACUGAUUCCACCCCUAUAAGCUCAGAUUUGACAAGUGCUAGUAAUUUGUUGGCUGGUCUCAUUAAGAGUGGGUUCAAACCAAAUAACCCCGGCGAUCUUGCAAGUUUGAGGGCACAGCCUCUUGUUCCGAGUGGACCACUUCCACAUACUCUGCCAUCUCCUACAGUGGCGGCUUCAUCACUGCAAAAUGCAGCUGGUGAAAAUACCAUUCUGCAAACUCAGGCAACAAACACUGCUCGUCCACCUUUGCCACCAGGUCUGCCACCACCUCCAUCAACACAGAGUGCGGAGAAAGCUGCACCUCUCUCAAGUCUUCUCAGUUCCCUGGUUGCAAAGGGAUUAAUCUCUACGCCAGCCACUGAUUCAUCCACCGCUGUCCCUUCACAGCCAAAUAAAUCAAGUGUGAACGCUACAAAUGUCACAGCUGCAGCUAUGCCUUUGCCAGCUCAAAUGCCUUCAGUUGGUAAGGAGGCAUCGAAUUCGGCUUCAUCUGCCCCAGCAAACAUUUUGUUACCCAAAGCUGUCGAAAUCAAGGCAGGUGACCUUAUUGGCCUGGAGUUCAAGCCAGAGAAACUUCGUAAGUACAAUGAACAUGUGAUUAGCAGCCUCUUCGGUGACCGAAACUAUCAGUGUAAAAUCUGUGGUGAAAGGUUCAGUCUUGAAGAAGAAUUGAGGUCACACACAACAUGCCGUGGGUCAAGGGAGUCUGAGACUAUCUAUGCUGGUAUUGCACCCAAAAAAUGGUACCCUAGCAAGAACAGUUACAUUGAUGGAUCAAAUGAAAUGGAGGACAGCGCUGAGGCAUCUGAUGUGGAUCUAAGUCCUGGAGAAGUGUGCGAGUUUAUGGUCCCAGCAGAUGAGAGCCAAAUCAUCUGUGCACUAUGUGGGGAGCCAUUUGAUGACUUCUAUUCUAUUGAGAAGGGGGACUGGAUGUACAAGGACACGGUGUUUCUGGAUUUCCCCAAUGGAGAAAGCAGCUGUGGAAGCAAUGUUGAGGGCAAAGAGCAGAUGCCCAUAGUUCAUGUAAGAUGUAUGCCAAGGGGCCCAAAUGACGGCAUGGAGGUGGACUAGCAUUAUUAUCGUGUACAGCAGAUGAAGCAGCAACUAAGUCUACUGGGGGCAUUGAGAUGGAGGGAGAGAAGAGGUUUGCACGAGGAAAUGUGCAGUGGCAGCUCAUGUGUCGCAAUGGGGCUGAUGACAUACAUGUAAAUGGAUUGGUGGGGAAGGUGGCUGGCAGUAUUGAAAACAAAAUUUUGGUCAAGAGCUGAAAUCGUCCAUUUGUUUUAUCGUGCCCUGUAGAAAGUGCUUUACACAGAAUAAAGCCCCCCAAGGAGCGCACUCUGGCCAUGUUAAUGGGAAUAAUCGAAAUCAUGGUAUUUUUGGUCUCCAUCAGAAGGAUCUUUCUGAUGACAGAAAGAAAGGUUUGUAAGAGCAUGUCAAAAGACUGUAUUGUUUAUUUACGAGGAAAAAGGGGAUGAUGCCCCGCAUGUAAUUCGGACACUGGUGUUUCUGACGGACACUUUCUCUCAUCUUUUGAGUAGGGAUUUUGUACUUGAGAAGAAACGGAUAGUAAUAUAACAUGAUAGGCAGGGCCUAAACAGGCUAGUUGUGAUUGAUUUACUA